GUGUGCGGAGAGCAAUUUCGUUUGGAUCGUUGGGUGGAGAAGCCGUGAAGCCGUCCAUUCCUUCUUCUCAUGGAACUCUAGACGAUGGUUGGGCUGGAAUAUAAAUACUGGACUAUUGCCCUCCUCUACCAGAUCCAAGCAAGCAAUACCAAGAUCACAUUCUCUCGUACCCACUCUUUCAAGAACACUCUACUUUCAAGAUGCUUUUCAGCAAGUUGAUCCUUUCGGGCUUGAUGGCCGCUGGCCUCAGCUUUGCUGCUCCGGCUGGAGAUGCCAACCUCGCCGUUCGCGAAGCUCAAAUGCCAACCGGAUCUUUCACCUUUACACACACUGGCACCCACACUCGUGGACCAAGACCCACUGGCAGCUUCACCCGUGGCCCAAGACCAACAGGUACUGGUGGUGUUAGAGGAACAGGAACACACAGCCACCACGCUCACCCCACUGGAUCUUUCACUGGAUCCUUCAGCUUCCCAUCACCAACCGAAUCCAUCGUCUCUCCUCCUAUGGAGACCACUACCGAGUAAAUUCGAGGAAUGAGGUGGCGUACUUAGGGUGCGGAGGAUUGGAAGGUAGAAUUUCGAUUCUGGAUGUUGAUAUUUUGAGUUGGAGAUAC